AUGUGCAGAGGUGAAAUAUGUUCUAUUUGUCGUAUGUAUCAUAGUUUGAGUGGUCCAAAAGAUGCAGUGGGGAAUCCGAAGUACAUGCCGGGGUAAUUGUUCGAACGCUGAAUCCCCAGAUUUUUCAACAGCAGACGAUCUCUCUCCGCCAACCGCGACAACAUCAGCACUACGUCAGAACCAUUACAGUACUAACCAACCUAGACUACAAAUCGUGGACCGGAUGUGGAAAUCACAUUGCUUCGGUGAUGGACCCAACACCUAAGGAAAAUUGGUGUACAUGUGAACCAAUCGAUGAUUCUACAAACACGAGUUAUCCACCCAAGGCUGGUACUGGGUUCGCGAGAAAAACCACACCUGACAAUUAG